AGCAAUAAGGGGAGAAACACAGAAGGAUAUGAAGCGAGAAAACUUGAAUCUGAUCUGCUGCUCGUGAAUUCACUGGAGCAAUACAUGGAACAACUAAUCUGCCUGGGUCCACAAUGAGAGGAACUAAGCUAUGCACUGUUAAAAAUUAAAAUCGUUUAUAGCCGUGAUGCUGCUUAGUAAAGCACAGAAUGAAGCAAUAACUGAAAAUAAUCACGUUGAAAGGACAAAGCCUCCUUUAGACAUUUUAGUUUCAGUUUUACAUUUAAAUAAGUCUGAAUUAGUUAUAAAACAGCGCAGUAGUGCAUGUACCAAGUUUAAUGAAAGAAUAUAAAGGGGACAUGCAGGUGGACUACAUUCAGAACUCACUGUAAAAGAGUCUUAGUUGAGUUCCUUCUCUCAAAAAAUGAGUUUACUGAAAAAAAGCAGGCUGCUACUGCUGAAGCUCACUGUUGUACUGGGAUCACUGUGGAUUCUUCCCCUACUCAUUCGCCCGCAAACAGGCUGGGAUCCUACCUACACUCUCAGGUACAGCUGGUUGGAGUAUACAGACGCUGAUAGCAGCCCAGAGAAAGCGUGCAACUGUACAGCAAUCAUGCGGGGAGAGAGGGAGGCAAUAGACCAGGCCAAAAUACUGAGCAUCACUAAGGACUUCCGCAAGAGUGUUCACAUUCCCGAUGAGUAUUACAUUAAUGCAACACAAGACUGCAGGAAAUUCAAGAUAAGCAGGAAGUACUUAACAUUCCCUUUAAGCCAGGAAGAAGAGGACUUCCCUCUGGCUUACUCUAUGGUUGUACACCAUAAGGUGCAGAACUUUGAGCGACUGCUGCGAGCCAUCUAUGCACCUCAAAAUAUAUAUUGUGUCCAUGUGGACAAAAAAGCGAAGGCCUCAGUCGUCUCUGCCAUCACGGCCAUUACUUCCUGUUUCCCGAAUGUCUUCAUGGUCAACCAGUCUCUGACCGUUAUCUAUGGCGCCUGGCCACGUGUCCAGGCUGACCUUAACUGUAUGGCUGAUCUCUAUAACUCUACCACAAAAUGGAAGUACUUCAUGAACCUUUGUGGCCAGGAUUUCCCUCUGAAAACCAAUUUGGAGAUUGUAAGGAUGUUGCGUUGGCUGAAGGGCAAGAACAGCUUGGAGUCAGAAAAACUGCCUGAAGAAAAGAAGUGGAGGGUGAAAAUUUCUCACCAGAUAGUUGAUGGAAAAAUCCAGGGGACAGGAAGGGCAAAGGAGCAGCCUCCGUUCAACCUGCCCAUUCUGGUAGGAAAUGCCUACAUUGUGGUUAACCGAGGCUACAUCCGCAGUGUGUUGGAGGACAAGCGAAUACACGCACUGAUCGAGUGGGCAAAAGACACAUACAGCCCUGAUGAAUUUCUCUGGGCAACCAUUCAGCGAAUCCCAGGGGUUCCUGGCUCAACUUGGCCCAACCACAAAUAUGACGUGACAGACAUCAAUGCGAUUGCACGGCUGGUGAAGUGGCAGUGGCAUGAAGGGCCACAGGGUUCACUCGGGGCGGUGUACCCAGCGUGCCAUGGCAACCAUGUCAGGCAAAUAUGUGUAUAUGGUGCUGGAGACCUACAGUGGAUGCUUGAGCAGCAUCACCUCUUUGCCAAUAAGUUUGACAUAGACAAAGAUCCCAUUGCUGUCUACUGCCUGGAAAAGUAUCUGAGACAAAAGGCACUUGCUCCAUUACAUAAGAUGUAUUAGAGAUUUUUCAUGGCAACAAAGAAUGGAAUUAUCUGUGGCAACAGAUAAUUAAAUUUCCAGAUAUAUUUUAAAGUAAUUAUAUUGCUAGCGUGAUAAACACAAAUACAAUUUUAAAAAAAUGUUAAAUUAGUGGCAAUAUAUUAUUCUUUCCUAUUGCUGCAUAUCUAGCUGUUCAUCAGCCUGUCAGUUACAUCAUUCUACUCAAAAACGGCAUUCUAUCAGAUGCCAGUUAGGUUUUGGAUGUGCAUAUCUGCAAAAUACAGGGAAAACCUGUGGCAAAAUCUGCUGCAAGACAAGUGUGCAAUACAACGGCGACCUGGGAGAAGAUCUAUUGUCCAGUGAAACAAUGACCACAAACAAAAGACCAAAACUAAACAGGAAUGGCAUCAAGACAAAGUUAACGAGUGACCAAAAUUACUCUUCAGUCACAGUCCCCAUGCAACGUGACAGAGACUGAGCAGUUGCACAAAGAAGAACAAGGAAAAUGUGCCCUUUAUAAACCUGAUACAGACUAUUCCAAACAGACUGAAGGUAAAUUGCCUCUGCAAAAGGACUGAUAUCAAUUGCUAUUAUACUUUUGUGUGUCACUUUCCUGAUUAGGGUCAACAAAAUAUUUAUUCACUGGUAUUCAAUGUAGGUGGGGUACUUUGGAUUAUUAUGCAAUGUGUAACGUGUGCAUGUGGUGUAUGGUAUAUAUAUUUUGAAAAGAUUUGAGGAGGAACACAUUUUUAAUGAAGUUAAACAUUUUACAUAUUUAACAACAAAUGAAUACCUUGCAAGCCACAAACAAAUGCAUAUAAAUAUAAUAAAAAGCAAAU